AAACUAUUUUCAUAAACCAAAUAGAGCAUAACCACAUUAUUGAAGUACAAGCUGAAGACUUGGAGCAUGAUCACAGUGCCAUAAUUUUUUAAAGGCUACUGUCUGAAUUGCCUUGUUUAGCUCAGAUUACUUAUAUUUUUCCUUUAUAUAAAUCUAUAUUUGUUUCCUAAAUAAUGGCAUGGGUAAAAUUCUUGAAAAAACCUGGAGGAAAUCUUGGAAAAGUAUAUCAGCCUGGAAGUAUGAUGUCCCUGGCUCCCACCAAAGGCUUGUUAAAUGAACCAGGACAAAACAGCUGCUUUCUUAACAGUGCUGUACAGGUUUUAUGGCAACUUGAUAUAUUCCGUAGAAGUUUAAGAGGUCUUACAGGACAUGUUUGUCAAGGUGAUGCCUGCAUAUUUUGUGCUUUGAAGAAAAUAUUUUCCCAAUUCCAACACAGUCGAGAAAAGGCUCUCCCAUCAAAUAACAUGAGGCAUGCCUUGGCUGAAAGUUUUAAAGAUGAACAGCGAUUUCGACUUGGUUUUAUGGAUGAUGCAGCAGAAUGUUUUGAAAAUAUCCUUGAGAGAAUUCACUAUCACAUAGUACCAAGCAAUGGAACAGAUAUGUGCACUUCUAAAUCCUGCAUAACACAUCAAAAGUUUGCUAUGACAUUAUAUGAACAGCGUGUAUGUUCUACUUGUGGGGCAUCCUCAGACCCUUUGCCUUUUACAGAAUUUGUACGUUACAUUUCAACAACAGCAUUAUGCAAUGAAAUUGAUAGAAUGGUGGAAAGGAAUGAAAGACUCAAGCCAGAAAUGUUUGCUCAAUUUCUUCAGGCUGCAAAUACUAUAGAUGACUUCAGGGACUGUCCUAGCAACUGUGGCCAAAAAAUUAAAAUUCGUCGUGUUCUAAUGAAUUCUCCAGAAAUAGUUACUAUUGGAUUAGUUUGGGAUUCUGAACAAUCUGACCUAACAGAAGAUGUCAUCCGAAAUCUGGCAACACAACUUUAUCUUCCAGGGUUGUUCUAUAGGGUUACUGAUGAACAUGCCAAAAACAGUGAGCUUUUUCUUGUGGGGAUGAUAUGCUAUGCAAGCAGACAUUAUUGUGCCUUCGCCUUUCAUACCAAGAGUUGUAAAUGGGUGUUAUUUGAUGAUGCUAAUGUUAAAGAGGUUGGAACAAAAUGGAAAGAUGUGGUAACCAAGUGCAUCCGGUGUCACUUUCAGCCAUUGCUACUAUUUUAUGCAAACCCAGAUGGUACACCAGUAUCAACAGAAGAUGCACUGCAGCAUAUAAUUCAUUGGUCGCAUUAUAAAGCCUCUACAGGAAAUGGAGAAGAAUUUGGGUUUGAGAAACCUACUUUUCUUAAAUCAGAUUAUGUAAAGGAGAAUGGAUUUGAAGAAACUUCUAACCAGAAGAGUAAAAAAGUGCAGCUAGAAAACUCUGCCUUUACUAGGAACUUUUCUCAACCUACUAAUGUCAGAGGGUCGAGUAAAUUGGGACAUAAUGAUCAUAGGGAAAAAGCAAAAGAUCUUUCCAGAGAAUGUGCUCAAAAGGCAGCUGAGAUGAAAAAUUACCCAUCAUCAUUAAGAAAAAACUCUGACAGAGGAUCAAGGAAAGAAUCUGGAAAACAAAAAGAUCUAUCAGGAGAAAUACAUACUAAUCUUAAGCCAGGAUCACCACCUUCUGGAACUGGAUUUAGGCAUCAUUCCAAUGAACGUUUAUAUAGUAGUCAAGGGAGAGGAUCUUAUCGACAUGAAAAGGUGCACAAUCAAGUUAGACCCACUGUACAGACAUUCAGCUCAAAUAAAACAGAAGAUGGGGAGAAGAUGAACCGUAUGAAAACUGACCACACAGCUGGUUAUGAAACAGAUAGUAGCCAAGAUUCCAAAGACAAAGGAAGUAUCAGUAGCAGCAGAAGUCGAAGCAGAGGCUGGAAACCCAUGCGAGAAACACUGAAUGUUGAUAGCAUCUUUACUGAUUCAGAGAAAAGAGAGCAUAGUUCAAAAUGCAAGCUAAAUGCAAGCAAUAAACCAAAACAUGAAAAGGAGCAGAGUUCAGUCAACUACCCGAAAGAAAAUCAGAGUCAGAAGGGUCUGAUGACUAUCUAUGAAGAUGAAGCAAAACAAGCAGGAAGCCAGAAUUCACUGGAUUUGGGAAAGAAAGGAAAUAGAGAAAAAACAACAGGAUUUAUAGAGAGAAAGGUUCAUCCUGAUAAUUGGCAGACACAAAGGACUGAAUGUGGCUAUGAAAGCAGUGAUCAUACCAGCAAUGCAUCUGCUAAUUUGGAUUCACCAGUUACUGAAGGAAACAGCCCAGUUGACCCCAACACUCCAAAAGAAAACAUUUUCUGCAGUGACCAAAAUCUAUCAGUCAGAUAUUCUGGAAAUGUCUUGCAGUCUUUCUCCCGGCCGAACAAAAACUCUUUUGAAGCACUGAAGAAAGGUGAAGUUAAUACGCAUAUUAACUACAAGCCACCUAACUUAUCAUCAACUUCUCAUCUGCAGAUACAAAGGACUGACGUACCAGAUUGCAAUAAGAAGUCUUUACCUACAUUAACAGUGCAGACAGCUGUAAAAGAUCACAUUGAACAAGAAAUAAAAACCAGUACAAUCAGUGAGCAAAGCUCUUUACCAUGGUCUGGUAAAAAUGUACCUAUUGAGACAAAUAUCUAUAGUGCUGAUAGUUCAGUUUUUUCUUAUAUUGGUGAGAAUGGAAUCAUGUCUGAAAAAGUUCAAAACAACUGUGAAUCUUCAUCUACCCAUUUGCAAGUCCCUUGCCCGGUAUCUCAUACCAAGACUGUUAAUUCCACUCCUACCCUUGCAUUUUUCUUACAACAGAAUAAACCCAAGCCUUGCUGUACUGAAUCUGCUCCUUCUACUGGACAUAAAACCAGCAUGUACAGUAAUAAGCAUGAUGGUGCAACAGAAACAGUUUACCAAAAUCUUCCACCACCUUUACCACCAAAGAAAUACACUCUGGCCCAUUUGCACGAUAUAGAACAAGAAUCCACUGUGGAGUUGAACUAUACAGAUCAUCCAAAAAUUGAAAAGCAUGUUGUUAUUGCUACUUCAAAAAGUAUACCAGAAACAAGUUCAUUUGCAAAUAAAGAAAGAUUGAAAGCACUUCAUUACAAUGAGUCCUCUAAGAUGAGUUUUUCACCGAGCUUAUUAGGAAAGGAUUUAUGCACUGCAUCCAAUAACCCUUUAAACAAACGGACUUGUUUUACAGAACCAAAUUCUAGUUGCCUGGAUGCAAAUGCAAAUGAUGUUAUAUCGCUUACUACUUAUUUUUCAGUUGAUAACUGUAUGACUGAUACUUAUAGGAUUAAAUACCACCAGAGACCAAAACUGUAUUUUGCAGAUACUAGUGGGUCAAACAAAGAAAGGUCUUUGUUACCUACUGGAAUGCAGUUGGACACUACGUACCACCACACUUCUGAAUCAAAUCAUGCCACAUCUCAGCAGAAGCAUAAAUCUAAUAUUGGAAAUGUGUAGUGUAAAAAUGGAACUAUAAGUACUGGAAUCAAAGUGUACAAUUGA